AUGGUGCUAGUUGAUGGCUCUUUCAUCGUUCAGCUCUUGAGGGAUCUAUCAGCGUGUGAUUUCCAAAAUGUCACUCCUUGUCUCAGCCCAUGGAUGUUGCCCAUCAUCCGUCGCGAGAUGAUAAUGCUUGAAAACCAGCUUCCCAUGUUUGUUUUGAGCGAGUUGUUCGAGUUAACUAGUGUUGUUUCUGCUUCUUCAAGACCAAAUAACUGUCUCAAAGAUCUUGCUCUUCGAUUCUUUUAUCCUUUGCUGCAGGUGGAUUCCGAUUAUGCACUGGAUACUAAGAAAGCUGGUGAGUUAAGAGGACUUCACUUCCUCGAUCUUCUUAGAUCAGCCAUUAGGCCAGAUCUGGAGGGAGAAAAACCAAAAAACUUUCAACCUCACAUGAUUCAUUCUGUAACGGAGCUCAUAGAGGCUGGUGUGAAGAUCAAAGUAGAUGAGAGUAAGCAGUUGCUUAACAUAAGCUUUGGGAAAAAAUGGGGUUUUCUAACAAGACAACUCACUAUUCCUCCUUUGUACAUCAAUGAUCACAGAGGCACUGUGUUUCGUAACAUAGUUGCUUUUGAGAACUGUCACAAGGAUUGCAACCCUGAUGUCACAACCUACUUGUUUUUCUUCAACGGACUCAUCAACUCUGCUCGUGAUGUCUCUCUUCUUCAUUACAAAGGGGUGCUUCACCAUUCUCUUGGCAAUGAUAACACUGUCUCUGAACUAAUCAACAACAUCACCAAAGAAAUUGUUCUUGACAAACAUAAGUCAUACUUAUACAAAGUGGUCAAUGAAGCAAAUAAGUACUUUGCUUCCUUCUAUGCUAGAAACAGAGCCUCCUUAGUGCAUCACUAUUUAACCAGCUGGGUGGUGGGAGUCUCAACAAUUGGUUCGUUGAUGGCGCUUUACUUCACUUUCAUUCAGAGUGUGUGUGCAUUUGCAGAUUCGUUCAAAGCCUUUGAAAACCAAAGCCUUGGAUCUGUCAUUGUAGAUAUUUUUUGUGUGCCAGUUCAUGGUAUUCCUACCACUGGUGAUGAACGUGAAAACUGA